CGUUAACAGAUCAAUACAUUUUUAUUGAAUUGUUUGAAUUCCCAAGAGAAACACCAGCAUUAUGAAUAAAUUGAUCGUUUUAUUUGGUGUUUUAUUUGCUGUAAAUGGAAUACCCAAUAACGAAUCUUCCGUUAAAGAUCAAUUGGAUUCUUUCAAGGAAAAAGCUCUAAAAAAGUUUCGAGAUCAAUUCGAAGAGACAUUGCGCAAUUCAGCAUUUUCAAAGCAUUCAGAUGAUAUUAUCAAUCACAAUCACUUAUUUGAGAAGGGUCUUUCGUCUUUCAAAAUGAAAUUGAAUAAAUUUAGCGAUAUUCCGCAUAAAGAUUUUGUAUUUCAUAUGCGUGCAUAUAUGCAUGUGCGAAAAGCCAGAAAAAAUGCAACAAUCGAUCAUUCAACAUACUUUAAGGGAUCUGCAAAUUUCGUUCUUCCCAAAUCAAUCGAUUGGAGAAAAAAGGGAGCUGUUUCACCGGUAAAGAUGCAAGAUCAUUGCCAUUCUUGCUGGUCAUUCAGCGCCGUUGGUUCGAUUGAAGGACAACAUUUCCGUAAGACAGGCCAUUUGGUUCAAUUGUCUGAGCAAAAUGUUAUCGAUUGUAUGAAUCGCACUGAACGAGAUAGUUGUGUUGCACACACGAUACAUGAGGUGUUUGACUAUGUCAUACGUAAUGGAGGCAUAGAUACUGAAAGGUCAUAUCCGUACAAAGCGGUUAGUGGUUCCUGCAAGUACAAAUCACGAAAUUCGGGUGCAAAAAUUCGAAGCUAUAGUAAUAUACCAACGGGCGAUGAAAAAUUAUUACAAGAAGCACUUGCCACAGUCGGGCCCAUUUCUACUUGCAUCGAUGCAUCACAUGAGUCAUUUCAACAUUAUGGAAGCGGAAUUUAUCAUGAACCGCAAUGCAGUUCAAAUAUAGAUGAUUUAAAUCAUGCCGUUUUAAUUGUUGGAUAUGGCACUGAUGAUCAUGGAAAGGACUUUUAUAUCGUAAAAAAUAGUUGGAGUGACGACUGGGGUGACGAAGGUUACGUUUACAUGCCAAGAAAUCGAAAAAAUCAUUGUGGCAUCGCUACCGAUGCAACUUUUCCGAUUGUUUGAAUGAUAUAUUCGAGGAAAAAUUCAUGAAGCUUAUUUUUGGGGUAAUCAGUAAUGCUAAUUAUGAUCUAUCUAAUGAGAAGGGCCUCAUCAUUGUUAAUUACCUUUUUUAGCUCUGCCCAUUUGCAGAUGUUAUUCUUUUUUCCUUAACCCCAACAGUUUUACGACGAUGACCACUUUGGAUUAUACUAUAGUAUUAAUAUAGACAUAGUUUUUAAUAAGAUAAAUUAUUGGAACAUUUUCGAGGAAAUGAACAGCCUCUACUUAUACUGACGCAAUUUUUAGCAUUACCAAAUGCCAGCUUUGUAGGCCAGUAGAGGCCGUUCAUUUCCUUCAAAAUGUUCCUAUAAUUUAUCUUAUUCGAACUGUCGUAAAUAAAAACAAAUUUCUUUUGUUUUCUUUCUUUAAUAGUUUUUAAUAUUUCGUUGAUUGUUGUUACUCAAUAUCUUGUAUCAGUAUUUUUUCAACGGAUAAUUGGAUGGAGAUCGUUAUUAUUUUUACCCAUUUAAUUGUAACAAGAUUUUAAGAAAUUAAUUGAAUGAAUCACAUGUCUUGUAUGAACUCAAACGUUGAUUCAUCUUAAAAUACAUAUUUUUUCAACGCAACUCCCAUUUACAUCAUCAUUUUUUCCGGAAAAAGAAAACAGAUUUGUUUUGUACGAUUUAAAUUCUCGAGAACAAAAUAUGUAAUUGAGAAUAGGGUACUGUGAAAACUGAAGUACGUAAUAAAAUCAACAGAAUUCGUAAUCAGGUGAAAAUUAGAAUUCUCAAUAAUAA